AUGGAGCCUGUAAUGUCAGCUCCAGAAUCCACUUCAUCUCAGGUGGACCACAAAGAACAAGGGGUUUCCUUGGAUCAGCAUCAGGAUGAUACCACAACAGCGAAUCAUCGGCAAGAAGAAGCAGCAGCAUCAUCGCCCAUCCCCAGCAUCACAAGAGCUACAACAACAAAUAAAAGUUCAAAGAAUGAACUUCCGCAGAAUUAUUACGACGAAGAAGUUGCGUCCGAUAAUCAAGUGAAUCCGCUUUAUUCGAUGAUUCAAAAGAAUCAAAGUCUGGAUGAAAGCGCUUUGGAAAUCAAUCAUCUCUCGACGUCGUCAGCCAACAACAAUUCUGUCAAGUUUGCUCGACGAUUAUCAUCUCCAACCAAAUUCAACUUGAGACGGCUCAACAUGGCUGGCAUUAUGGUCUCUGCCGUAGAAGACGAUUCGACGCCUCGACUAUUUGCCAAUUCAUGGUCCUUUGGAUCACUCACCAAGUCAUCUUCACGGCUGGAUGGUGUGGUCGAUGACUCCGACGAUGAUGUUGAUGAAGAAGAAGCAAUGGAAGACAGAAUGAACGUACCUUUACACAAAACCAAAAGAGAAAGCAAUCUUCCACCGGUGAACUCCAUGGAAUUCAAUUUGGACAUGAUCGAAUUGGCUCCUUCAGACGACAACAAGAAUGAUGUAACAGAGGAACCGAAGGUGGACAAGGAGGAUACAUCUGUGACGCAACUGACCGAUGUGCAAACCGACUCGGAAUAUUUGGAGGAUUCGGACGAACGGAACAAGGAGAAGGCGGAAAUUCAUCAUGAAGACAUUGAAGCAAGCAGCGACUUUCACAAGUUACCCGAACAGCAUAGUCCAAGCGAUGAUGAUGAGAAAGUUGGCGAGUCCAAGAAAAAGCCUGUAUACUUUAUCGGAUGGUGUGCGAUUCUCUUAACCUUUGCUAUUGUCAUUCCUUUGGCCGUUGUCUCAAUGGCGCAGUCAAAACAAGAUGAGCUGCAAUCAAAUCCAAUGGCUUCAGACGGGCCGACGAAUGAGGAUACCGUCGGAAGCUUGACAAAUCAAUCCUUUCCUGUAUCGACUGCACCAUCACUUCCUCAGCCGACCCAAUCUGGAAUGCCAACACAGUCCUACAGUCCAUCCGUAUUUCCUUCAAUGGUUCCAUCCUGGAAUCCUUCAAAAAAGCCAAGCGUGUCGCCUUCCACAAGCCCAACGACUAACCCAAGCGAAAUACCAUCGAUACAACCUUCCAUGGAACCAUCCACAAAGCCAUCGAUUGCACCCACAGAUCAUCCGUCUAUGUACCCCACGGUACUACCAAGUCCAGUUCCCACUGGCGUGCCAACAAAAAGCUCUAGUCCAACCCAAUUGUUGUGCGAGAUUCGUGAAAGUGACGGCUGCGAGGACUACUACCACCCGACUGGCUGGGUAAAAGACCUCUCAUGCACCGUCUCGAAUGGCUUUCUUACUUGCAGUAUUGCAUCAUGUUAUGAUUUCCGCCCAAGAGAUUGGCCAUCCUGGAAUAUUCUUAUCACCAAUGCCAUUCAGAAUACCUUUCGGAUUCGACAAGAUGAUACUCAGGCAUCUGUCGUGCUAGAGCGAAGGAACUUUGAUGGAACUUGGACUAGUAUGAAUUACUACCAAGUAAAAGCAUCUGCUUCUGAAGUUGUAUUUGGCCUACCGAUUGGAGCAAUAUCAGAUGUCGAAAAAUUGCGCACCUGGUUGGUAUCCUACGAUGAAAACGGUAUGGAUGUAGAUCGGAUUCCUCGAGUUGGGAGUCUCUUGUUCACCGGAGCAGGUGACGUUUGUUCAUAA